AUGAAACGACAACAACAAGAAGUCAGAAGGGAGGGCAAAUUUUUUACAGUUCACAAGAGAGGCGGAAGGAAAGAAAAAACCCUGGCAUUUGCUCAGUAUUUCUUUGCUUACUAUCACUCUAUUUCAGGUAGAUGAACAGUGCAGUACUGUGUGAAUAGUCUAAAGAAUGGACUCUACUACAGACUUUGAAUUAUUUUGUUUGUACGACCCAACAUGUGCGCCACUGGCUUUUCAUCAGAACCGUGGCAGCAAAGAGCUGAGGUUUACCUGCAGGCUCCCGACACAGAAGAACAAAAUCAAGCAGCUGAUGAUCUUCGCUCAAGGUCCUUGCCAAAGUUUAAGAGAUCAUCAGGUCAACGUAGAAAUCAUCAGCCCCAAACACCACCAACUGCUGUGCACAUUGUCAGAGGAAAAAAAGUGCUACCAGUGGUUCGAGGGAUCCGGGACCGGCCACGGACUGCCCAACAUCAAAGCUGUCUCUAAUCUCAAGUUUGUCCUUGUUGCUACUGUGACAAAGAAAGCCGCUGAUAACGAAGCGGAUGGAGACGAACUUCCUACGGAGCAGUCAGCGGCAGAGGGAUCCCUAGAACUGCCUGGGUCAGACGUCUCUGGCGAUGAUGAGCAAUCUGGUGCAGCGGAGAAACAAGAAGUCAAAGAACUUCUGCCUGAUAACUCAAAUAAACAAAUGAUGGAUGGAAAAGAUAAGCAGCACACCGUUAUCACCAGUAAGAAUAAGAGCAAGAAAAGCUGUCUGCCCGAUGGUAAAAGAUCUAAGGAUGUCGGUGAUAAGAUUCAGCUUGACAGUGCCGAGAACAAGCCAUCUGAGGACAUCACUGUGGAGUCAGGCAAAGCUGUAGACAAAGAGCUUUUUGUUGUUGAGUCUGGGUCUUCCAAAGACAAGCGAGGUAAUGUCAAGGAAAGUAAAAAACCUCCCCCUAAAGAGAUCAGUAAAAAGUCAUCCAAAAGAGUUCCUGAUGGUGCCUCAAAAGGUAAAAAACAAGUCAGUAAAUCGAAGGAUAUCAGUACAUACUUCACUACAAGCUCCAGUAAGCCGGCAUCAGAAAAAGCAAAACCAAAGCCGUCUGAACAGACACAAACAAGCCAGACUGCACACAAGGGAGAAGGGAAACUCUCAAAGGACGGUGGGCAGCAGGAAGUGGAAAAAUUGAUUGAAGAUCCGGACGAGAAAUCUGAUCGUGGGUCUGAGAAGGCAUGCCCUGUCUCUAAGAAGCAAAAAGUAAAAACCAGAAACAUUUCAGCGGAUCUCGAAAAGGACACGAUUGACUUGUGUGAAGAAGUUCCAGAGAAAACAUCUGAGAGCCAAGACGCGGUGUUGACUUUGCUGACAAACACUCCCGAGGUGACAAAGAAGACUGAUGGAGAACAGAUGCAGAAGCUGAAUGAGAACACACCCGCAGAUCCUGUGUGCAAAUCUCGGUCGCCAUUCCCAACACCAAAAGUGUCAAGAAAGAGGAAAAACGAUGACGAGAACACGCCCACGUCAAAGCCGCGGCGACAGAAACUGGCCAUGAAGGCUCUCUCUGAAAAAAAUCCGCCACUGGCAAAGAUGUCUCUGAUGAAGUUUUCUGAUCUGACCCUCCCUGAAGAUACAGAUACUGCAACCUCUCCGCCUAAAAAUGCUGACACCAGCAAAAAAGUGUCACGCUGCGUGGACUUAUCAGCACGAGUUCCCAAACCAAGCAGUCGCUGGGGUCACUCGUUCACCCUGGUCAGUUCAGAAAGUGCCGUCCUCAUCGGGGGUCAGGGAGACAAACAGCUCAGCCGGGAUUCCAUCUGGUCUCUCAAUCCAGAAACGAGGACGUGGAAAUCUCCCGAGGUCGUGACAGAAGGAGCGAAGCCUGAGUACAGGGUAGGCCACACUGCCACUUACGACCCCACCAUGCGAUGCAUCUACGUCUAUGGAGGCUCCAAAAAUGCAAAAUGGUUUCACGAUGUGCAUAUUUUCGAUCUGGAUGAAAACAAAUGGACCUUAGUGAAGGCCAACGGCAAGGCUCCGACAAGGGCCUACCACUCCACCUCGUUGUUCCGCCAUGAGCUGUGGAUUUUCGGUGGAGUUUUCCCGCGCCCCGACCCACAGCCCGACGGCUGUGACAACGACGUUCACAUCUUUAGCCCCGUCAUGGAGAGCUGGUACAAACCCAUCGUCACAGGGGAAAAGCCUCGGCCACGAUCAGGACACUCUGGCACGUGCAUCAAGGACCUGAUGGUUGUGUUUGGCGGCUGGGACUUCCCCUACUGCUACAACGACCUCUACAUUCUCGACCUCACUACGGUUGACUGGUCUUGCCCUAAAGUACACGGAGCUCCACCAAAGCCCAGAAGCUGGCACGCCUCCUGUACGCUGACCAACAACCGUCUGUUCAUCCAUGGAGGCUACGACGGCGACAACGCCCUUCACGACGCUCACAUCUACGACCUCGGUUCCCACUCUUGGCACGAGCUGGCGCUGGACAACGCUCCGUCGGCCCGAGCUGGACACACGUGUCUGUGGCUACCGUCCAGCUACGAGGAUCUGGAGGAGGACGAGGUGAUCGUGUUUGGGGGCGGGGACAACGACGGAAGCUACUUCAGCGACAUGCUCUCCUUCUACAUUCCUUUUGAACCCAAGACUCUGUAAUUCAGAUGUGUGCUGAUUUGCCGGAUAAAUCCAGAUUUUUAGAUUUUGCAGUCUGGUUUCAGUUGUUGUACCUGAUUUUUAAACAAAUUUAUAGUGACAUCUGUAUACAGAAGUCAAUGGUUGAGAAACUAUAACAGGAAUUUAAAAAAUACCUAUAUAUGUGUGUACUAACUCUGAUUUUAUUUUAUCCAUCAUGCACUCGUAAUAUAAUAUAUUUUCAAACUUUAACUUUAUGGUUCUUAUUCUUUUUUUUUUUUUUUUUUAAUUUUCAAUUUCCAAAUUGUCAACACAGCUGUGAAUGAUUCGAAAGUAGGUUACGAUGUUUUAGUUUAUUUGGAUGAAAGUCAAGUUGGCGAUCUGUUCACAGCCUCAUUGCUGUGUAGUAUUUGAAUGGCAUCAGUGGGAGACAUCAUGAUAAAUAAAGACACUCUAGCAUACACAUGGUGAAAUCGACAGGGCGUGGAAAUCUUUUCGCUAUGUACCAAUUUUGCUACGUGUGUGUUUUAAAUACAAAGAAUAGACAUGUACCGGUACAGGAAAAAUUUGAAACCUGAAAAUGUCUUCGUAAUGUGCAUGCUAGAAUGUAAGUAUAUAGAAUCAGUUUGUGGUUCUUGAAAUGAGGACUGAAAAACAGAUCAUGAAAGGAGAAGUCUUUUAUAUUUUUUAAGAAUUAAUGGUGCGCAUUUUAGUUACUAGGACUAGGACUGAAGACUGUAAAUUUGUUCUUUUACUUUUUUUAUUCUUAAAAAAAAUCCUUUGGCUGCAGGUCUACUUUUGAAUAGCUUGAAUUAAUUGAAUUCAGAAUUAGAAAAAUAUGUGUGAAAAGUUAGUUGGGGGGGGGGGGGUGUUUACCUGGCCAGCGCCCACCAUUUUGACCCGCUAUAUACGUAUAGAUCUGUUUUUUUAUUGUCUUGAAAAGUUUGGCAGCUAUGCAUCGACGUUAGGUGCUUUUCAUUAAAAUGUCUAUGUUGUGUGUUGUCACAUUGAUGGUUCUAUUUGAUCAUUCUAGUAAAGUGUCACAAAAUGUUCAUUCUGUACUGGUAUGUUCAUUUAAUAUUUUUGUGUUAUCAUUGCAUUGCCUUGUCUCCUUUUGUUGUGCUUGUAAAGUAUGUAUCUUUAUUCAUAUUGAAACUAAAUGCUGCUAUUUAUUAAAACUGUUUGUAGCUUUUAAAGAAAAAUUUUCCGUGUUUUUUGUGUCAUUUUAUGUCUUUUGUACCAUUUUAAAAAAAUUUCAAACUGGUGCUGUAUUAACUCAAACUCAAUGUUAAUGGGGCAGCAAGCGUUGAAACUGGCUUCAUUAUUUUACGAACAAUUUUUAAUGUACUACACAUAUAUACAUACAUACAUGUCGCUUAAAAAAUAUUUCAUGGCUUUUCAUUUUGUCCAUUUGUGUUGGCAGUUGGCACAAACAAGUACAUGGUUUAGUGUGACAAGAUCCAUGAAAUCAUUCAAGCCCAACAAUGUGCAACUUUUUCUUUUUCUUCUGUUCUGUUUUAAAAUGUUUUCAGUAACCUUUUAUAUAUGACCACCAGAAGCAAUUAUUUGACAUUCGGGGGAAAAAACUUUUAUUUGUACAUCCACAUGCAAUUUUUUGACUUUCUGAAAAAUCUUUUUCAGUCAUCUUUUAUUUGUGUGACCACUAGCAAUAUUUUGAGUCUGAGAAAUAUUUUAGUAUCCUUUAAUUUGUACAACCACAUGCAAUUUUUUGACAUUCUAAAAAAUCUUUGACUUUAUAUAAGUAAUUUUUUGCUUUACUUUGUGCAACCACAUUCUUGUUUUGCAUACAUAAUAGUAAUA